AUGCGAUUUCCUAAUAUUAUCAAGUUUAUUUUGGGGCUUUUCAUUUGGAGUUUAGUGGGGGCACAAAAUUUUUACGAUUCCAAUCCUCACAUUUUAGAGCUGACGCCGAAAAGUUUCGAUAAAGUGGUCCACAACACAAACUAUACAUCAUUAGUGGAAUUUUAUGCUCCGUGGUGUGGCCACUGUAAGCAACUAUCAAGUACGUUCCGUAAGGUAGCAAAGAAAUUGGAUGGUGUAGUUCAAGUUGCUGCUGUAAAUUGUGACCAUGAUAAGAAUAAAGCUUUGUGUGCUAAAUACAAUGUGAAGGGCUUCCCUACAUUAAUGGUAUUUAGACCUCCAAAGCUAGACUUAUCUAAGCCAAUGGAUGAUGCCAAAAACAGUUUCAAAGGUCAUGCCAAUGAGGUGUACUCAGGUUCAAGAACUCUCGUACCUAUUGUCGAUUUCUCUCUCUCAAGAGUAAGAUCUUACGUUAAAAAGUUUGCCCGCAUAGAUAGACUUGGUUCUCUACUUGAAAAAUCCCCCAGACUUUCCGUAGUAUUAUUUUCCAAACAGGAUAAAAUUUCACCUGUUUAUAAAAGCAUCGCUCUAGAUUGGUUAGGAAAAUUUGAUUUUUAUUCCAUCUCGAAUAAGAAACUUCAGCAAAUAAAUACUGCGCAUUCAUCGUACAAUAAAAUUCCAAAGAUUUCCAACUAUUUGCAGGACAUUAUCCCUGAUCAGCGCCACAGCAAUGAAAGCAAGCUUGUCGUAUUUGACGCAUACAAAGAUCAUUUUUGGGAGUACGAAGACAGCACGAUCAACAAGAAUGGUAUUUCUAAGUUUUUGCGAGACACCUUUGGUAUUUCCCCUAAUGAAGGUCCGUUUAGUAGACGCUCUGAGUACACUGACUUCUUAAAAACUGGCAAGAAGCCAAAUAAAAGAAAAAAUUCUCUAACAGGAAAGGAGCACGACGAAUUAUAG